UUGGUACACAUGAAUACAUAUUACAAACAGCUACAGUUUUAUUUUUUCUGCUCACAAUUCCCCCUAUAAAUACAGCACACGAAUCCUCAUUCAAAUCACUCAACAACCAAACCUAUGGCUUCCUCCAAAAAUCUCUCUGCUUCCAUCUUCAUUCUCUCAGUCCUCAUUCUGUCAACUAUUUCCAAUGCUUGCGUGCCCUGCAAGCCAACUAACCCUACUAAGCCAACUAAGCCUACGAAGCCUACUAAGCCAAAUAAGCCUAAUAAUCCCACUCCGAUGCCUCCGACUUCGAAACAAACUUGCCCGAUCGAUGCACUGAAACUCGGUGUUUGCGCCGAUCUUCUCGGAGUUGUUAACGUUGUUGUCGGCGGUUCUUCAUCAGGAAGCAAAUGCUGUGCUCUUAUUCAAGGAUUGGCUGAUCUUGAUGUUGGUUUGUGUCUAUGCACUGCAAUUAAAGCUAAUGUUCUUGGAAUUAACUUGAAUGUGCCUGUUUCACUUGGUUUGCUGGUUAAUGCUUGUGACAAAUCACUUCCUUCUGGUUUUAAAUGUCCAUCUUAAACACAUAAGAGGACUAAUCUGGACAUUUUAUUAUAUGUUUGUGUGUCAAAGUUAAAAUAAUGUAGUUGCUUUUGAAGUUUAUUGUUAUAGAUCAAAAUGUAUUUUGUUGCUUUCUGUUCAAAUAACUUGGCAAGACUUGUUUGCCUUUAUUAGUUUUAAAUUUCUGUAUUAUUAUCAUGAUUAAUGUAAGUUGCUAUCAUGAAUUCAUCAAAAAAAAAGUUGCUGUCAUGAGUUAA